AUGAAUAAAGAGAAUAUUCGAAAUUUAAGUUUUUAUUGUAUUUAUACACGAAAUCAUAGUGAAAGUGGAACACUUCAAGGUGUAAUUGAUGAUUUACCACGAAUCGCUCGAAUGGGAAUAGAUUUUAUUUGGCUUCUUCCAAUAAAUCCAAUUGGAUUGACAAAUCGAAAAGGUACACUUGGUUCUCCAUAUUCAAUAAAUAAUUUUCGUGAAAUCAAUCCUGAACAUGGAAAUCUUGAUGAUUUUCGUCAUCUUGUAUCUGAAAUUCAUCGUCAAGGAAUGCGUUUAAUGCUUGAUAUUGUCUUUCGACAUACAAGUCACGAUUGUCCUUGGGUUAAACAACAUCCAGAAUGGUAUUUAAGAGAUGACAAAGGAAAUCCUAUAGCUAUUGUUUCAGAAUGGACAGAUAUAUUAGAUUUAAAAUUUGAUG